ACAUGUGGACUCUCCACCCAGGCUUGGCCCCUAUCUCCCUGCAACGUGGACCCUAGCUGUGGCCCAGUGGGGGAGGUUGGAGUGAGAGCCCCUCAGGGGCCAGGCCACCAGGCCCUGACCACCCAACCUCGCUGGGUCUGAUAAGAGACCCCACCCCCACAGCCCUGUCCCCUCUCCAGACCAACGGCCACAGCCUGGCCCCCACCCAGCCUCCCUGUGUAUAAAGGGAUCCUGGGGGGUGACCCCACAGAGGCUAGUCCUGAGCACGCCCAGCUCCGCUACCACCAUGUCUCUGACCAAAGCCGAGAGGACCGUCAUCCUGUCCAUGUGGGACAAGAUCUCCACCCAGGCCGAAGCCAUUGGCACCCAGGCCCUGGAGAGGCUCUUCGCCAGCUACCCCCAGACCAAGACCUACUUCCCGCACUUCGACCUGCACCCAGGCUCGGCGCACCUGCGCGUGCAUGGCGCCAAGGUGGUGGCCGCGCUGGGCGAGGCGGUCAAGAGCAUCGACAACAUCGGGGGCGCCCUCGCCAAACUGAGCGAGCUGCACGCCUACAUUCUGCGCGUGGACCCGGUCAACUUCAAGCUCCUGUCGCACUGUCUGCUGGUCACCGUGGCCUCGCACUUCCCCGCCGACUUCACCGCGGACGCCCACACCGCCUGGGACAAGUUCCUGUCCAUCGUGUCGUGCGUCCUGACCGAGAAGUACCGCUGAGCGCAGCCGCCCAACGGAGGGCGGGCUGCCGCCCCUUCCCUGCCCCGAACUUCCCUAAUUCCUCCACGGAUUCUCCAAUAAAUGGAUGAGGAGGAAGUGGCUCUUGUGUUCUCAGUAUUGGCGGGAAAUAGGGGAGUGAGAGAAAGCGGGAGCGGCAGGAAUGCGGCCGACCCCAGGGUCACCACCGGCUUGAAGGCCACCGCAAGGGUGGUCUGGGGCGAUCCUUGGGCCUACGCACCCGAGUGGGGGAGCGGCAAAGCAGCGCAGGCGGGCCCAUGCGGUUCUCAGGCCAGAGAGGACUUUGCUCCGCUCCUGCAGCCCCAAUCGCCCAACGGUUGCUUUACUCUGCGUGCUGCGGGCGUGUGCACCCUCCGGGGGCUUUUCCUCCAAGCCUGCUGUCACAGCUCCCGCGCUGCGGGGCCCCAUGAUAGGACGCCCGCCCCCGCCCCGUCCCUGCGCUGCGCUCUUUCACGCGUCCUCCCACGGGCUGUCUCCGGGACAGGCCCUCAUUUUGCCCGCGCGGGGGUUAUUCCAGGUCUUGCUGAUGUCUGCAGCAAAAGCGCUCACGCACAGCGCGUGAGUCCGUGCGGGAACACCCCCCGCCCCGGGCGGCGGCCUCCGCGGCCACAGGG